GUCCGCCCUACUUUGUAGCCGACAGCUGCUCCCCAGCAGUAGCGGCAAGGCAGGAGUAUUGAUUGGCGAGCCUUGCGAAUGCAUUCGUUAGUUGAGGAUGAACCUCAUCUGGGUACAGAUAUAAACUCACUCCCAGGUGUUCGCAUGCACAUGUUCACAUACACGGCAAUACACUCCAGAAGAGAGCAACAGCCGGCAGCUAGCAAAACUUAGCGUCGCUACUCCAGCUCAUGUCAGGCAGUACUCAACGCAUUAUUAGCGGUUUGUCCGCCAACCAGAAUUCGCAGGUUGUUGCUGGCACUGUCCAUGGAUCUGUGAACUUUGGGAGCAGCGAAAACUUGAACGAUGUGCUUAAAUCCCUCCCUACCGCAGAGGACGCGCCGUUCAACGCAUACCAGCGACAACAUGACGUGACCUGCCUUCCCGAUACCCGCGUUGACCUCCUUCAAGAGAUCUACAGCUGGGCUGGUAGCCGAGACGAGCGCUGCAUCUUCUGGCUGAAUGGCUUGGCCGGCACAGGGAAGUCGACGAUUACGCGCACUGUCGCUCGGAUAUAUUUUAAGCAGAAGCGCCUUGGAGCCAGCUUCUUCUUCGAGCGCGGCGGUAGAGACGUCGGUCAUGCAGGCAAGUUCGUCACGAGCAUUGCGUGGCAGCUAGCGAUCAGCAUACCGUCUCUUGGCCAACAUAUAUGCGACGCUCUCAAAGAGCGUCGCGACAUUGCGAGCCAGUCUCUUCGUGAUCAGUGGCAGCAACUCGUCCUACGCCCGCUGUCGAAGCUGAACGAAAAUGGUAACCAAUCCGCGUACGUCCUUGUCGUCGAUGCACUCGAUGAGUGCGACAAUGAUAAUGACAUCCGGAUCAUCCUACAUCUCUUGGCCGAAGCUCGAUCGUUAGAGACGGUUCGAUUACGAGUCUUCCUGACGAGCCGGCCUGAAGUUCCGAUCCGAAACGGCUUCGUUCAAAUACCAGAUGGUAAACACCAGGACUUUGUACUCCACAAUAUAUCUCCAUCGAUCGUAGAUCACGAUAUCUCUGUUUACUUUAAGCACAAUCUUAAUCUCAUUGGACAGGAACACUCUCUAGGUUCCUGCUGGCCAGGCGAAGAGACUAUCAAACUCCUGAUCCAGAUUGCAGGUGGAUUAUUCAUAUGGGCCGCAACUGCUUGUCGAUUCAUUCAAGAAGGCCUAUUCGCAGAAGAAAGAGUACAAACUCUGCUAGAAGGUAGCACGUCUACUACCGCACCAGAAGAGCACCUCAAUGAGCUCUACACUACUGUCCUAAAGAAGACUAUUCGUCUAGGUUACUCAGCAAAAGAGAAGGAAGAGUUGUAUGGCACUCUACGACAGAUUCUUGGAAGUAUUGCGCUUCUUUUCUCUCCACUCUCUGCCAGCUCGCUUGGCAAGCUGCUCAAUGUCACGAAGCAAAAGAUUGAUCGGAUCCUGAAGGAUCUUCAUGCGAUUCUAGACAUCCCGAAGGGUGACAUCUACCCACUCCGUCUACAUCACCCUUCGUUUCGGGACUAUCUCCUCAACAAGGCCAGGUGCAAAGACCCAGAGUUCUGGGUAGACGAGAAGCAAGCCUAUCAAGUAUUAACCGACAGCUGUAUACGGCUUAUGUCAACAUCACUUAAGCAAGAUAUCUGUUGUGUAGAUGCCCCCGGCAUGCUUGUAGCCAAUGUCGAGAGAAGCCGAGUUGAACAAAGUCUUCCUCCUGAAGUCCACACGAGUGGCGAUAGCCGAUGA